AUGAUUGAUAACAUUGAGCUGGUAGAUGGAGAGCUUAUAAUCAAUGAAAAGCUUGGUGUUCAAAUCUGCGACGCCUUUUUCUCGAAAGUUCUUCACAACAAGUUUGGCGGCCUGUUCUGUAAUAUGUUCGUGAAAAAUGAGUUGGAUAAAAUUAUCAAGGGAAUAGUGGCGGAUGGAGUGGACACUCGGAUUGGAGAACAUGUUUGUAAAGCGAUUCAUUUUUGUGAAUAA